CCGCCGGGAUGCCGAAGCCCGCGGCGUCGUUGGCUUCCCUCCUCCCGCAGCUAUGGCACCGCCCCUUCUCGCCGCCUCCCCGCCUCCCCCGCGCCCUCUCCUCCUCCUCUUCCUCGCUCCUCACCACCCGCCACAUCCCACGCAGCCGCUUCCGCUCCUCCCCCACCACGCACCUCGGCGCCGCCGCCACCGCGGUAACCACCGCCGCCGACCCUGUGGAAGCCCCAACAGCCAACUUGUACCCACUGUACGACAGGCUUCUGCCUUGCCCGUCGCAAGAUUUCCCUCCGAGGAUUGAGCACCUCGUCGCGCGGAAAGACGAGGUCGCCGGAGACUUCAUCUCCAGGUCCCUCAGCCUCCCUCCUCUGUAUGUUGCAGAUCUCAUCAAGUUUGGGGCUGUGUACUAUGCUCUUGUGGCGCCGCAGCCGCCUCCGUACGCUGAUCCUGCGCAUGUCAGGAUCUUUAGAGAGGUGACCGAGCCUUCCCUUCUGCGCCGGAGGGCGUCCAUUAAAGGGAAGACCGUGAGGGAGGCUCAGAAGACGUUCCGGGUGACGGACCCCAGCCAGCACCUUGAGGCCGGCACCUAUCUGCGGGUUCAUGUGCAUCCCAAACGGUUCCCCAGGAAUUAUGAAAUUGACUGGAAAUCCAGGGUAGUGGCUACCACUGAUAGCUAUGUUGUCCUCAAUAAGCCAGCUGCAACCGCAGUAGGAGGAUCAACUGAUAACAUUGAGGAAUCCUGUGUGGUAUUUACUUCGCGUGCAUUAGGACUAGAGAGCCCUUUAAUGACAACCCAUCAGAUUGACAACUGUUCCGAGGGCUGUGUGGUAUUGUCUAAAACCAAGGAAUUCUGCUCAGUUUUCCAUGGAUUGAUAAGGGAAAGACAGGUUAAGAAACUUUAUCUCGCACUUACAACAGGACCCGUGUCUCCAGGAAUAAUUACUCAUUACAUGCGUCCUCUUAAUCGUGCCCCCCGACUAGUUUCAGAAGAUCAUAUUGGAGGAUGGUAUCUCUGUCAAAUGGAGAUAUUAGAAUGUAAGAAGGUUCCAUGGCCAAAACCUUUGAUAACAAAAGUCCACAAAGUGGACAACUGUGGGUGGCCCAAACAGGAAGCUGCCUAUGAAUGUAAGAUCAAUCUCAUGACAGGGAAAACUCAUCAGAUAAGAGCGCAACUGGCUGCUAUAGGCGCUCCAAUCGUAGGGGAUUCUGCAUACAUGACUGGAGCAAUUGCAGCGAAGGCUACCCCGAGUAUAAACCCAUAUGGCAGGGAGAGCUUGAAUUACAGCAGCGAAGAGGAAAAGGCUGCUGCUGUUGAAGCCUGGGUUGCUUGCCAUGGCAAGGAGCCAAAAUCUGUAAUUGGUCUACAAGCAUCUGAGAUCUCGUGGGACUAUGAAGGCGAGCACCACUACCACAAGGCAGGGGUCCCAUGGUGGCGGCAAGAUGCGGUGGAGUCCGACCUGGUCUGAGCAGUGACCGCUGUAUAUGAGAAUUCUGUCUCUGGAACACUGCUCCCUGAACCUGAAGGGAGCCGAUAUGCCCAUCCUCCGGUGGAGGGAAGGAUCCAUGGGGGCUCACUCGUCUGACAACAUAAACAUACCCAUCAUACUGACACCGGUUUCGGCCUCGAAGGGUCAGCCACCAGCACCAAGAAUGUCAAACACUGAAGAUCUUCAGACAGUGUGCUUCACAUCUCAGGUGUCAUUGACUGAUGCUGAAAACUGUAAUUGUUGUAGUCGGGACAGUGUUGCACUAUCAAUGCAAUUUUCCCAGAAUAUUUUUUGCCGAUUUUUAGCCUGGUUUUGGUCAGGUGCACUUGGUUAGGAAUAGGAGACUCUGAUAUAAAAAUGUAAAACACGGUUUACCUAUAUCUGCUUUUCAUAUUUAAUGCAGUCAGAACAACACAUGGAUCAUGAGGGAUAGGUGAUUCAUGGAUCAAUAAUGAUUAA